AUGACUGCAAACAUUCAAAAAAGAACCGCUAACAAAAACGUUCACAACAGACAAAUAUCAGAAAAUGGUCAAAUUAAAGCUAAAGUGACGCAUACAACCAAACAUAAAUUGUAUACUUGGCAUGAGAUCCCGGAUUGGCAAAAGGACAAUGAAUUUAUUCACGGAGGUUAUGUUAGAGAAACUAAUAGUUUUACAGAAUGUAUAAACAGUUUGUUUUAUCUUCACAAUGAAUCGGUCAACAUCUAUAGUCAUUUGAUUCCCGGUUUGAUCGCUUUAUUAUUGAUUUUAAUCGAUAAGUAUUACGUCCCAAAAUUUAAUACAACCACUAUGACAGAUUAUUUUUUUAUUGAUUUAUUCUUCUUUGGUGCAUUUACCUGUUUAACAAUGAGUAGUAUAUUCCAUUGUUUAAAGAGUCAUUCUCCACCGGUAGCCAAAUUUGGUAAUAAGUUGGAUUAUUUAGGAAUAGUCAUACUAAUCUCCACUUCUAUGGUUAGUAUUCUCUACUAUGGUUUCUAUGAUAGCUCAUAUAUGUUCUACACUUUUUCAGGGAUUACAUUAUUAUUUGGUUUUGCCUGUGCAGUUGUCUCCUUAGAUGAAAGAUUUCGUUCAAGGGAAUGGCGUCCAUAUAGGGCAGCCAUGUUUGUCUUGUUUGGUUUAUCUGCAUUCCUUCCAAUAGGUGCAGGUUUGGUUUAUUACGGUUCUCAUGAGACAUGGACUAGAGUGCAACUGAAAUGGAUCAUAUUAGAAGGUGUCUUAUAUAUACUAGGUGCGUCUCUUUACGGUGGAAGAUUUCCAGAGAAAAUUAAGCCUGGUCGCUAUGAUAUGUGGGGUCAUUCGCAUCAAAUCUUCCAUAUCUUAGUCGUUGUGGCAGCUCUUUGUCACUUCACAGGCUUAAUUAAAAGUUACACCUAUGUUCACACCUAUAUGAUUCCAGUUAUGAUUCAAGCUUGA